AUGAGGCUGGUGCGGCCAUCGAAGAAAGAGCGGGAUGCGCUCACCACCUCGUCCCACACGGAUCAGCCCUGGAUGGAAAUCGAAAACACGUCGUGGAGGCUGCAAAAGCUCGAGACUACAAUUUACGACUUGUCCUUCAUCAGGCCUACGCAGAGACCCUUUGCGACUUGGGAGCUGACACUCACGCCCGAGCCCGUUGCUCUUGCGGAUCUGCCAGACAAAGGAGCCGAGCAGGACACGCACGAAGUCGUCAUCUCCGAGACCAGAUUUGCGCAGAGCGGCAAGCUGAGAGGCAGAUUGUUGGUCAGGUAUUCCAAGGAUGCUUUGACCAGAGGCGAGGAUGGGAGCUGGAAAGCGGAAGGAAGAAUUCUCAAGCAAGGCAAACCUUGCAGACAUUUUCAGGUGCACGAAGCGAUGCUGGGGGAGGAAUGGCAAGUGCUAGACUGA